AUGGAAUGUGCAGCUAAUAGUAAAGCUGUGAUUUGUGACAAACGACCGCUUGAGCUGUACGGUAAGACAAUUUGGAAGCCAUGCCUAUUCGGCUACAUUUGCAUCAAGGAAUCUGAUUAUAUCGAUGAAUUUCGACGUUGUAUUGACUUAGGUAUGGAGUUUAGUCCCAUUCUCUGCAAUAGCGCUUACGAAUAUCCACGAAAUUUCAACUGUGAUUUCUACGACAAAUUUGCUUGUCAACGUAGCAAACGUUAUAUCUAUUCGUGUGUUUGUAUCAACAGUCAUCGAAACGUGUAA